AUGGAGAUCGGCGCAAGUCCGGUGGUCUACGAACUGCUGUCCCAGAUAGGCGAGGGCUCCUUCGGGAAGGUGUUCAAGGCCAGGGAGAUCGGCGGGACUGGGCGCCUCCUGGCGGUGAAGAAGUUCCACAGCGAGCUGUUGCCGUCGGCGCUCACCCACGGCCUCCCUGCGUGCAUCCUCCGCGAGGUGGCGCUGCUGCGUAGGAUGGAGUUCUUUGAGCACCCCAACAUCGUCAAGUUUUUGGAUGCGAGGGUCACAUUGGAGCCCAACGUGUUCGACCUCACGGUGGUUUUGGAGUACAUUGAUCAGGACCUGUCCGCUUACAUGUCCAAUGCCCCCCCCUCUGGACUCGGCUUGGACGACGUUAAGAGCAUCAUGCGGCAGCUGAUGCGCGGCCUGGACUUCCUGCACGUCAACAUGGUGGUGCACCGCGACAUCAAGCCGGAAAACAUCCUGAUCAGCAGCAGCGGCCUGGUCAAGAUCGCCGACUUCGGAAUGGCUCGCUUGUACAGCUUCAACAACGCCCUCACGCCAGUUGUUGUCACCUUGUGGUACCGAGCUCCGGAAGUACUACUCAACACUGGCUACAUGUUGUCUGUGGACGUGUGGAGCGCGGGAUGCAUCUUCGCCGAGCUCUUCCUGCUCAAGCCGCUCUUCCGAGGAACCUCCGAAGCGCAACAGCUGAAACUGAUCUUUGAGUUCAUCGGUUUGCCCAGUGAGGAUGAGUGGCCCCUCACCAGCUGCAUUGCCUACUCGCAUUCCCUCGGGCCCAGGGACCCCAAUCCUCCGGUGCUGGACUUGCUGAACCCCCACGCGAAAGACCUCCUUUUGGAAUGUUUGACUUUCGCGCCAGGCAGACGCAUCUCGCCCGCUGGGGCCCUGGCCCACCCCUUCUUCACCCAGGAAUGAAGGGAAGUACGCGCCCAGUUAGAUGUUCUUGCUCCAAUUGAUAAAGCGACCACAAGCACUUUAAAAUGGACACUUUUUGUUGUUAGUUUUGUCCAAGUUUCGUGUUAAAAGACAUCACUUUGUUGUUGCAAGUUACGGCUUUGGAGCCUGAUCGCUGAAUUCUGUCAUGUGUAACAUUUUUUUACUCAUGUUUCCAAGUUUGUGUAACAUUUUUCUACUCAUGUUUCCAAGUUUAUAACGAGCGUUGCCUUUAAGAGCAGCUCCCUCCUGGCUGGCAUGUAAUCUUCAAGGAGAAAUUCUUGGAAUUAAAAAAAAAAAAAAAAACA